AGUUCCUUCCGGUCUAUGAGGAAACCACAGGAUUGAAAAGAGACCUUGUUGCAUCAAGAGUGUAGCAGCAGCAGUGAGAUCUUAUUCGAGAAACGAUGCGGCUACUGGAUUUGCUUAUGAUUUGUAUAUUUUUCUCCAUGAACCUGACCAUGAUAGGAGCCAUCGCCUGUUUUCGGGUUCCCCAACAUUGUAAAGAAAACUAUUCAGAAGACGUUCCUCUGUGUCUUGAAAGCACAAUGAGAAAUUGUGAACCCCGUCAAACUCGCCAUCCAACCCCAGACUUUUAUAUGAAAAGCAUAACAGAGGAGGCCAAACUGGAGACAACGAAUGGGCAUGUAAUCCAUAUUCCCCCCGAAGCCGUCAUGAAAAGCGGUGGGACGCAGAACCAAAGUGUGCCCCUGAUUGUAUCAGUUCUCAGCAACAGCAUUUUUAAGGCAACAUCUGUUGAAGGAUCUGUUCAUGAGAGUGUCUUGGGUGUGUGGCUUGGUGCACAAGAUCUCCACAACCUUUCUCAACCUGUUCAAAUGCAUUUUGUGAAUACUAAUCAGACUGUGACUGGGAAAUGUGUCUUUUGGAAGCAGUCAAACAAUACAGGCCACUGGAGCAGUGACGGAUGUACCACAAGCAAGAACAAUACAGAUUUUGUCUGCAGUUGCAAUCACCUCAGUUUUUUUGCAGUGCUCAUUAGUCCUGGGAGUGUAGACCAUAAAGAUGUUCGCAAUCUUGAAUACAUUACAUACAUUGGGUCUUCUUUCUCUGUGAUAUUCACAGCCAUCAUCAUCAUCCUGUUUUUAAUUAAAAGGAAGAAGAAGACCAAUCACUCGAUUGUCAUCCAUGUGCAACUAUCUGGUUCACUAUUCCUGCUGCACGUCUUCUUUCUGGCCAGUACACUGGGGUCAGCAACAGAAAACAAGCAAAUAUGCCAGUGCCUUGGCCUCGUCUUACACUGGGCCCUGCUCGCCACUUUCACAUGGAUGGCUAUUGAAGGUUUCCACUUGUACUUACUCCUUGUGAGGGUCUUUAACAUCUACAUCAGGAGAUAUUUGCUCAAACUAAGCUUAGUGGGCUGGGGAGUGCCUAUAAUUACAGUGACGAUCUGUGGACUGGCCGGUGAAUAUGGAAAAUACAGUUUAACAGAAAGUAACAGCGAAUCAAAUCUCUGCUGGCUAACCAGUAGGAUUGUGAGUUACAUAACAGUGAACGGUUAUUUGGGGCUGGUGUUACUCUUCAACACAGUGAUCAUGGUUGUGAUUGUGGUGAAGAUGUGGCAGUUAAAACUGAGAGGUGUCCAGACUGGGAGCAGAUUAAAAAGGCUGUGGAAAGACUGUGCGACACUGCUGGGGAUCAGUGCGGUGUUGGGACUCCCAUGGGGACUGGCCUUUUGCACCUAUGGACCCCUGAAACUACCAGGGAUUUAUCUCUUCACUAUCUUUAAUGCUUUGCAAGGUGUUUUUGUGUCCCUGUGGUACUUGUCAAUCACAUGCAAGCCAACCUUUGAGGAGAGGAGUACAACAAAGAAUUUCUCCCUGAGUAAUUCAGCUCAUGACGGUGCCACAAGCCACGUGUUGAACUGAGGUUUAAUAGAUGAGACAUAAAACUGAUAUUCCCGAGAUAAUAUAAAUGAAGUACUGUUUUAAAUACACAAUUCAAAAGUCAAUCAAAAAUGUAUUUAUGAUUUACAGCAUUCUGCCUGAAUCUUAAUGUUUUAUAAAGUUAAAUGGAAUGUGAAAUUGAGAUUUAUGUCUUCCGCAUGUUUAUACAUAUUUAUAUGUGAACACAACGCUAGAUUCAGGUUAGUUCAUACAUGCUUAUGGAAUCUGCUGAUGGCUUUACUGUUUAAGGGUUUUGUUAUCUGUUGUUCGCGUUUCCAUCUUAUCUGUGAAAAUAAGACAAUUGUUGUAUUGUUGUUGUGUGUAUAUAAAGCAAUCCAUAAGAAAAUGGUUUAUUUUUCUCAGACAUAUUCAGACAGUUUGAGCAGUGAAAUAACGGUGAAAACCAUUCAUGGCUUCUUCAAGGGAAGACGUCUACCCUAAAAUACGAAUAAAGUAACAUGGACAUCAAAAUUUAGAUAAAAACACAUGAUCAAUAUAAUCAUUAUAUCAUUUUCACUGCAUUUACACCCGCUGAUAUGAGACUGUUAUGUUCAUGUGAUUUUACCGAUUUCCCAGUUAAUAACAUGCAAUAAAAUCCCAGUACAUAUGA